AUGGGUCACCUUGCCCUGCUGGUACAGCGGGGGAACAACUGGGUCAGACAAGUAGGGCAGCCUGUAAGAGAUGUAGAGAAGGACGCUUCUGUCCUGCAGGACUGUCUCAAAUGCCCGGCUGGUUUUUACUGUCCUGAGGGGAUCAGAGACCCUGUGCCCUGUCCACCAGGCUCCUUUAACCCCUUAGAGGGUCAGGAUGAGUUGGCUGAUUGCAGAGAGUGCUAUGCGGGGAAGGCCUGCACACAGGUAGCUCUGAGAGCACCUGAUGUGGACUGCAUGCAAGGGUUUGUGUGUCCCCCUGGUUCCUCUAAACCGAAUGCGCCGACCAACGCCUGCCCACCAGGGACGCUGAGCAAUCGCACUGACCUCACUGACCGCUCACAGUGUCAGCGCUGCCCGCCGCGAUAUGCCUGUCUUCGAGGAACUGGUGGUAUCCAGAGACCACCACUCUCCUGCUUUGCAGGGCAUUAUUGUCCUCCCGGAACAAUGUUCCCCACCCAGUACAAGUGUCCUGUGGGGACGUGGAGUGGUCACAGUGGAUUGGAAGCUGAAAGUGAGUGUCGGCCAUGCCCACAGGCCUGGUACUGUUUGGCCGGAUCUGCAGCUCCGUCUGGUCGAUGCAGCUCUGGACACUACUGUCCUGAAGGGACCGCAUAUGGCACCCAGUUUCCUUGUCCUGCGGGCACCUACAGCAUCCAAAUGGGCAACAGAUACAGGGAAGACUGCCUGAUUUGUCCUAAAGGCUCAUUCUGUCAAAAGGGCACCUCUAAGCCUUCACCCUGCCCACCCUCCACAUUUCGCCAUCUGAAAGGAGGUCGGAGGCUGGAGGACUGCUCUGCUUGCCCUGCUGGCUAUUUUUGUCCCCUCUCAGCCACUGUCAACCCCAGAGUGUGUGGAGCUGGCAGCUACUCUGACGAGGGCUCUGUGGACUGUUCUCCAUGCCUGCAGGGCCACUACUGCAGUAAUGAGACCACAAGUGAGGAAGCAAUGUUAAGCGUGAUGGUGUGCCCCCCAGGCUUUCUCUGCUCUCAGGGUUUGGCCCGAGACCCCCAGCGCUCAGCCACGCUCUGUCCUCGAGGUUUCUACUGCCCUGGAGGAGGCAUUGAUCCCAAUCCCCUUCCUUGCCCCAAUGGUACCUACAGCGACUCUCCUGGUCUACGUAACACCAGUGAGUGUGUCCAGUGUCCAGAGGGGAAGUACUGUUACUCCCAGCAGCCUCAGGAGCAGCCUAUUACCAGGCCUGUAAGAUGCCAAAUAAAUAACAUAUACAGUAUUUAA